CGAAGGAAAAAGCAAACGCACAUUGCAAGCAGAGUAGCUUUUCAAAAAGAGAAGCAGCAGCAGCCGAGUAGUGAGCGGCAGCUAGGUUAGGUAGUUGAACGAUAAAAACGGCGCUGCAGACGUAUAGACGCCAUGUUACAGCCGACAUCGUGUGGACCAGGGCCACCGCUGCCGCCACCGCCUCCGCCGCCGCCCCCAUCGUUAGGCGGCCAUGCCAACAACGACGUAUACCCACCACGGCUUGAGGCGGAAAAGCGAAUGAAAAAGCAUGGAAAAUAUGUGGCACCAGGACAGCGGCAAAAGUCAAUAGCUGGUGAGGCUAAAACGGAAAUGAAGAGAACAACAAAAGCAGCAGCAGCAUCUGCGGCAGCAGAGCCAUUGGCUGACAAUGUUUUGGUUGAGAAGUCAGUGGCGGCUCAAUGCGUUGAUGAUGAUGAUUUUAGCAUAACAACAAAGGCAGCAGCAAUUAAAACAACAAUUACAAAAGCAGCAAAAACCUACAGGAAUUGUGCCGCGCAUAUUGGCAGAGGUGAAGAUAACCCAAACAAGAACAAAAACAGUUGGCCAAUUUUGAAAUUACCAAUGAUGCUCGCAGCCAUGAUGACAACAAAAACACCACCAACGCCAGUGGCGGCAGGAGUUACAAGAAAAAUUGACUUUGAAGCAAAAACUGCCGCUGAGCAAAUAAUAGCUGCAGACAAGGAGGCGGCAACAGUUGGUGUUACAAUAACAACAACAUCAGCCACAGCGAUUUUUGUAAAUUCGGACAGUUCAAAUUCUGCAACAAAAGUAACAACAAAAACAAGCACACCAACUACAAAAUGGCUUCUAAUGUGGCUAAUGCUUUUUGGAGUAAUGGCUCAAGCGCCUCUCCAUCAAGUGGCUGCCGAGAAGAGCAAACACUAUUACAUGCAAGCUCUGUGCAAGAAUCACUUCCUACAGCAACUUUAUCGUAAAAUCGACGGCGCUGUUCUUUGGUCGCAGAAUGAACGCAAUCUGGACUGCAUCAUCACAUUCCAAACGCAUUCGAUAUUACAACGUUUCAUGUUACGCUUCGAUAUGUUGCAAUUGGACUGCAAUGAUCAUCUCUACGUGUAUGAUGGGGCACAUGCUGUGGCCACACCGAAGGUUGAUAUCUCCUGCCGCAAUACUAAACAAACGGUCAGCUCCAUAUUGACACGCACAAACUUUGUCACACUAAAAUAUGUUACCGACAAUUGGGGUACUGAUGCGAACGGUUUCAAGCUGGUCAUAACAUCGGUGAAGGAUCCAAAGCACACCUGCAAUGAUUUCACCUGUGCAGCGCGCGAGUUUUGCAUAAGUCCGGAUUUACUCUGCGAUGGCAUUAAUCAUUGUGGUGACAAUUCUGAUGAAUCGGUAUGCCAAAGCGAAACAGCUGCCACAGUUUUCGGUGUCGAUAUGACAUGGUUUGUGCUGAUCGUAGUCGGGAUAGUACUAGUCUUGAGCGCCGUAAUUGUAGGCAUUUCGAUAUGUGUUUGCCGGCGUCAGGAUGAGACAAAUCUCAACCAAAAUACAGCAAUACAAAUGCAUCAUACCGCCGAAACUAAUGGCUCAUCGAAGCAUCUGCAUUAUCAUCAUGGCGGCACAUUGUCUCGCGAACACACACAACUGCCACCGACGUCGGGAAACUGGCAUCACCCUGCGGGACCAUACGGGUACCACCGCAUUCUACGCAACUUAUCGAAGAUGGCCACCAAAGUCCGUCCCAUUUGGUGCUUAGCAAAUUCCGUCAAUUAGGUCAAGAUCUUUCACACACAAAUCCGUCAGCCGCUGCCGUCGCAACGGCGGGUCUCAAUCAAACGAACA